UAAGCUUUGGAAAUAUGGCAUAAAUUUUUUGGUUUGACUCGGAUUGGUAGGCAAAGCUCGCAUUUGGAGCGUGGCUAGAUCUCGGGAAUAAACUUGUGAAAGGAACGGAAACAAGAACCGAGCCGAUACAAAGUGACGAAGACCCAGAAAGAUCUUUUUGAUUGCUUCAACAACACCAACACCAACACCAACACCAAAAAUCAAACUUCCACAAGUAGAAAAGCAGUUGAAACCCAUAAACUUAAAAGAGGAAUGGUGAUCUGAGAAAGUACACCCACAAUUCAGCUUUUACAAACUCUUCAACUAUAUACUGUGAAAUGAGACCCAACAUUGUUUCCGAGGCGAGUGUAACUACUCGGCUCAAUCAAUGGUGGGAAGGGACUCCAUUCAUCACAUCUGCUGUGGUUGCUGUGUGCGCAGCUAUAUACUUAGUUUGCCUUUUGGUUGGCUAUGACUCGUUUGCAGAGAUAUGCUUCUUGCCUUCAGCAAUCGUAUCACAAUUUCAAGUUUACAGGAUAUAUACGGCCAUUCUGUUUCAUGGUUCGUUCCUACACGUCUUCUUCAAUAUGUUGACAUUAGUUCCCCUGGGUUCUGAGCUGGAGAGGAUCAUGGGAACUGUACGCCUUUUAUACACUAUACUGCUAUUAGCACUAAGCAAUGCUGUUUUCCAUAUUCUCAUUGCACUGUUGGUAGCGUACAACCCUUUUUACCCCUACACAUAUCUUAUGAAUGAGUGUGCCAUAGGCUUCUCAGGAAUUCUCUUCUCUAUGAUAGUCAUAGAGACAAGUUUGAGUGGAGUUCAGACCAGAAGUGUAUUUGGACUCUUUAAUGUACCCGCUAAAUGGUAUCCCUGGCUCUUAUUGGUGGUCUUUCAGCUUCUCAUGACUAAUGUCUCAUUGCUCGGGCAUCUUUGUGGCAUUUUAUCUGGGUUUGUUUAUACUUAUGGGUUAUUCAACCUUCUGAUGCCUGGAACUUCCUUUUUUUCUGGCAUUGAGAAUUCGACAUGGCUUUCACCAUGUGUAAGGCGGCCUAAAUUCAUCUUAUGCACUGGCGGGAAUCUUUCAGGGAACCUUCCUACAUAUUCCAAUCCAAACUCCACUUCAAGCAGUUCAGUUACUACGAAUCUAUGGAGCCAUCUGUCUUCGAUGAUGCCACAACGGGAUACCUCUUCUCAGAAUGUGCAGCCAACCCAAGAUCCCCGCUUUCCUGGUACGGGAAGGACUCUUGGAGCUCCUAGAAGUGAGACAGCUCGUGGAAGUUCCGAUUCCAACCUGCAGACCAGACUUUUGGAUAAUUUCAGCUCAAACAACGUAUCUGACACAACAGCAAUAAGUUCAGGAGGUGGAAGGGCGCUUGUUGUAAAUAAUGCCACUGACCUGACCAGUUCUCCACAGCAACAGGCUCCAGUUGUUUCUAACGAGGACAUUCAGAAGCUCGUCUCUAUGGGUUUCGAUAAGACUCAAGUUGAAGUUGCACUAGCUGCCGCUGAUGGAGAUCUGGAUGUAGCUGUUGAAAUUCUAAUGACGCAACAGGGAUGAUGCAUUAAUAUGUAGGCUAACUUCCUCUCAGACAGCUGCUCUUUACAAGAUUUAUGUACCCGGAAAGCGAGUAUAUCUCGUUGAUUGUGAGAUGGCGAUUUUUAGUAUGGUGGGAAUAUAUAUGUAUAGUUGUGUAUGGUUUAUGUUUUGACGGAACUCUGGAGUCUGGAGAAAAGUAAUCUAAAAUAACUGAAAGCACAAACUUCACUAACAAUUCUGAAUUAACUUGUUUGUAUUUUUUUUGUUAUUGUUCUUUUUGUUACAAAGGGUAACCAACUUUGUCCGAACCUUUUGUCAUAUGUUGCAACAAUACUGAUUAAGGUGUCAUAUGUUGCAACAGUACUGAUUACAGCAAAGGAUUUCUCAUUCAAUCUUAA